AUUACAUUAUUAAUCAAGAACAUGGUGCGUGAAUAAAUUUCUUCAAGAACCUAAGUGGGAAUGCCACUCUCCAAUCCCACCAAUUAAUUAUUUCUCUUCAAUAACAUAACAUAAUAUAAUAUAAUAUAUAUUAAAUAAUAAAUCCCAUAUUUUUUAAUUUAUUUUCUUGGUUAUAAAUUGAAGCAAACUCCACCACUAAAUCAUAUCAUAAACCCUAAUUUUCACUUUCACAAUCAAGCAUCAAUAAUGGAUCACAAAACCUUUUAUCUUGCAGUUUUUCUGUGCAUGGUCUUCCAUUCGGUCAAUGCUCUACCUCUCCGUACUCAUUACGAAAAACCCGACGACGAUCCACUAAAUUGCAAUUUCUACGAUAAGUCUUGUCCUAAUUUGUCGAUGAUAGUGAGGUGGGGUGUUUUGUCAGCGUUCAAGAACGACACCCGAAUCGGAGCUUCGCUCCUUCGCAUGCACUUCCACGACUGUUUCGUAGACGGCUGUGAAGGUUCUAUACUUCUUGAUGACACAAAAAGCUUCAAGGGAGAGAAGAACGCUGUGCCUAACCGUAAUUCGGUUAGAGGGUACGAUGUAAUCGAAAACAUAAAGGCGGAGGUUGAGAAAUCUUGCCCCUCGAUUGUGUCGUGUGUCGACAUAUUAGCCCUUGCUGCUAGAGAAGCUGUUGUUCUUUCAGGAGGGCCAUUUUGGGAAGUUCCACUAGGAAGAUUGGAUGGGCUAACAGCAAGUGCAAAAUCAGCAAAUGAACAAUUGCCUUCACCAUUUGAACCUCUUGAAAAUAUCACUUCUAAAUUUGUCUCAAAGGGUCUUGAUCUCAAGGAUGUGGUUGUCUUAUCAGGUGCACACACUAUAGGUUUUGCUCAAUGCUUCACAUUCAAGAGGAGGCUAUUCAACUUCAAAGGGUCGGGCAAACCGGACCCAACUCUCGAUUCUUCGGUCCUCUCGAGUUUGCGGAAUUCUUGUCCGAAUACCGAUAAAUCGAACACAAAACUUGCUCCGUUGGAUUCGCAGACGAUAAACAGUUUUGAUAAUAUGUAUUACAAGAACCUAGUUAACAACACAGGACUUCUCGAAUCGGACCAGGCUUUGGUCGGAGAUCCGAAAACAGCUUCGAUGGUUAAGGAUUAUAGCGUCGAUCCGAAUUUAUUCGCACGAGAUUUCGCAGCUUCGAUGGUGAAGAUUAGUAGAAUUGGAGUGAUUAGUAGUGGUGGUGGUGGACAAGUUAGAAAGAAGUGUAGCUCUGUGAAUUAGGUUUAAUUUAUUGAUUAGGAAUUUGCAUGAAAUAAUCAUAUGUUGUAAUAAUAAUAAUACAAUUAAUAAAGUCCCUUAAUCAUAUUUCAACUGCUUUUUUUUUGUUUGAAAAAAAAAAGAAAUAAAAAGGCUAUCUUUGUUUAAAAA